CAGAAUUCAUAAAAUGGCAUAAAAUCCAAGAGAUUUAUUAUACAAGAAGGAAAAAGAUUGCAGAGAGAGAAAUGGAUCAACAACAGCAGCAAUUGCUAUUACAGCAGCAGCAGCAGCAACAUGCGCAGCACCAGCAACAGCUUCUCUUGCUUCAACAAUUGAAGCAAGCACAGCAAGCACAGCAAGCACAACAAGCACAAAAACAACAGCAGCAGCAGCAUCAGCAACAUCAACAACAACAAUCAGCCGCGAUUUCACGAUUCCCAUCCAACAUUGACGCACACCUCCAUCCUCCAGGUCUCCAUCGCCAACUCAAUCUUCCGCAGCAGAACCCUAACCCUAACCCUAACCCUAAUAAUCCUAAUCCCAAUUUGCAUCACCAUCAGCAGCAGCAGCAGCAGCAGCAAGGAUCCAAUUUAGGGCAAAAUGCGCAGCAAGUGCAACAUUCUCAGCAGCAGCAGCAGCAUCAGCAACAGCAACAACAACAGAAGGGGAUCCGACCCCCAAUUAAUCAGGUGGAGCUCCAGAUGGCUUAUCAGGAUGCUUGGCGAGUCUGCCAUCCAGAUAUCAAACGUCCAUUUUCUUCUCUUGAAGAUGCUUGUGAAAGGUUACUGCCUUACCAUGUAGUAGCAGACUAUGAAGCAGAAGAGGAUGAUAGAAUUCUUGACUCCGACACAACAGGUCAGAUGCCAUCUCGCUCUCAGCAGUGGGAUCACAACAUUGCAGCCAAAGUUGCUGAAUUCACUGGUACAUUUGAGAAACAGGCCCUGGCCUUCAACAUAAUAACCCGGAAGAGAGCUUUGGGUGAAUUCCGGUCUGAGGAGAGAUUGAUGAUUGAGCAGAUGCUUCUCCAGGAGGAGAAACGGCUUAUGUUGGAGUUGAAAACAGAAAUGGAUGCCAGGGAGAAGGCUGGUCGGGAGGCUCAGUUGAGAAUGGCAGCCAUGGUUCAGGCAGAGCAAGCUCGUGCAGAAUCACAUGCUCAUGCUGAAAUGAUGGCUCGAGCACCAAUACGAGCAAGUGCACUUGGGUCUCAAGGCAACAAUGUUCCUAUUGGUCAUGACAUAGGAGAUCAGGAACAUAGUGUAACCCCUGAACAGAUGAUGAAUGGCUGGGGGGGAAACAAUGCACAGAGAGAUGAGAGAGAACCUUCUGAAGAUUUUUUAAAUGAUGAAGAGACUGAAAAUGGAGAUACUGGUGGCCAAGGUGAGUGGCGCGAAGUUGGGGAAUUUGAUCUGAAUACCAGAUGACUCAUGAAGACUUAUCAGCAGGAAGAGAUGACCAUGGAAGAUUAUGGGUCUUCCCUAUCUUAUGGUAUGGCAAUUUCAUCGACUUGCUGAUUUUCUUGCACACUGUAAUUUAUGAAACAUGAAAUAAAAGGCGGCUUUGAAGUAUAUUGCUAUAAUUUCUAUAGGCUAGUAGAAUGCAUCUCAUGGCAGAUUCCUCAUUUCCUCCUAGCUGGAGAACUAUUGAAAUGCCUUCUGUACAUUUUCUAGAGUGCCUGAAAACCUGGCGCCUUCUACUAAUUUAAGUAUGGUGCUGAAGGAUCUCAUGAAUUUCUAAAUACCAAAAAUGAUGAUCUAACUUGCAGAUUUGGUUAUCUGA